AGAAGGAAGCAAGGAAGCCUCUGUAGGUUUCUGUUAAGGCAGUUCGCUGUUUUGGGGGUUCCAAGUUUUCUCUCUUCUAUCUUUCAAACUUGGUCCAACAUGUCAUUUUAAUAAUAUUCUUUUCAGGCGAUGGAUGGAGAGAGGAAAUGAAGGCAUGACCAACAAAUAUUACUCAUCAUCCACUCCUUCUUCACUGGGGAUAGUUUAUGCAGACAUGGGUUCUCUCUCCCUCGGUCCCAACAGUGGAGUAGCUUCGGCAGUUUCUUCUUCGCAAGAAAGUAACCUCUCCAAGAAUUCUGAGGUGGAAAACGGCAGAGCUUGCUGGGGUUUUCACUCCAUUACAAGCAGCGACGCUGAGGGCAGUGAUGGUUUUGGGCAGAACAAUGUCAACCUAAACGAUAAGAACUCCAAUGAGAAACAGUCAAAGCUUUGUGCCAGAGGCCAUUGGAGGCCUGCAGAGGAUACCAAGCUCAAGGAACUUGUCUCUCUUUAUGGCCCUCAGAACUGGAAUCUUAUAGCAGAGAAGUUGGAAGGAAGAUCAGGUAAGAGCUGCAGGCUGAGAUGGUUCAACCAGUUGGACCCAAGGAUCAAUAGAAGAGCUUUUAGUGAAGAAGAAGAAGAAAGGCUAAUGCAAGCUCAUAGAAUUUAUGGGAAUAAAUGGGCCAUGAUAGCUAGGCUUUUCCCUGGAAGAACUGAUAAUGCAGUGAAGAACCAUUGGCAUGUUAUUAUGGCUAGGAAGUUUAGGGAACAAUCCAGUGCUUACAGGAGGAGAAAGCUGGGAAAUCCAAGCGGAGAGGCAUCCACAACAAGAACAGAACCACUACCAUACUGUCUCAAUCUCUCCAACGGAGGAGAACUCAGCAAUAAUAUUCCUUUCCCCUUUGGAACCUUUCAUGGCAGUGGUGGGGUUGAUUAUAGCUUAAGCAGUGGAGGAGAAGCAAUCUCAAGCCCCAAGCUCCUUCCUUACACUGCUUUCUGUCCACAACAGACGCCUUUUGACUUCUUCCCGGGUUGUAAGGGGAAUGAGAUGAUGGGGAGGUUGAGGCAGGGCAGAUCUUGGGACGAAGCUUUCUAUCAUCCCCACCAGCCUCCUUUUUUUAUGGCAAUGCAACAGUCAAACAACCACAGCCCUUACAGUUUCUUAGAGUCGUCGUCAGCGCCAACGCCUCAAGUUUCAGGCAGGGAACCUUCAUCAUCAUCAGCUGCAGAAAGCAUGGUAGGCAGCCAAUUUGAGACCAUUCCACCACCAUUCAUUGACUUUCUUGGAGUAGGAGCCACAUGAAGUUGGAAGCGAUGAAAAGCUGAAAAAAGUUUUUUCGCAGAAAUCAUCAUCAAAAGAGUGCCUCUAUGUGGAUGUGGUCCAAGAUAAAUGAGAAGCCAUUAGAGGUAAACAGAAAGGAUUGUUGUUCCAGUUAGAUGACAGUACAAAUAUUUGCAUCACUUUGUUGAAGUCAUAUCCCCCACCAUCUUUUUCUUGUAACCCCCCUUCCUCGCAUGAGACUCUU